UCAAUAAUAUUUUUUUUUAAUUAAAUCAUUGGCUCACACUGUGUACUGCAACGCAUCACUGAAUGAUUGAAUUCUGUGUUCCAAUGCAACAUGCAAAUGAAACCCAGUUUACCCUAAAUCUCUUUCUACCCUAAUUUAAUCUCACCUUACUUCUAACAAUCUCUUCUUCUCUCCAAUGGCGCCAAGACGACGUCCCGUAAAGAAAGGAGAGAGCCGAAUGGAUGCAGCUCUCGACGCCAUGGCUCCUUUCGGUUUCCCUAACAAGCUCGUUCGUCGAACCGUUGAUCAACUACUCGAAGUUUAUGGCGGCAAGGAUGGUUGGGUCUUCAUUGAAGAUUCAGCUUACACUCUUCUCAUCAAUACCCUUCUGGAACAUCAACAAGAACAAGAUCAGGAUUGUUUGAUAGAGAAUAAUCCAGAAAAUAGUACCAAUGAGGCAUCAGCUGCUGGUUGCUCAAACAGAAACCUUCUCCUACCUUGCUCUAACCCGGAAGCUUCCGAUGAUGCACCAAUAACUAAUCAGGCCGUUGACACUAUAUCAGCAGCCAGUGAAACCGGUAACUAUCUUCCUAUAGCUGUAGACACCACAACAGGUACAAGCAAAGCUGUUAUUGGACUUCCCAUCACAGUUGACACUUCAGCAGCCCCCAGUCGACCUAGUAAUCAACUUUUCAUUAUGGCUGUAGACACUGCAACAGCUACAAGCAAAACUGUUAACAGAAUUCCCAUUAAGCCCGACAACACUUCAGCAACCAAACACCAACCUGGUAGUCAACCUUCAAUUAAGGUUGUAGACACUGUAUCAGCAAUCAAUGAAAUUAACAACCAAGUGUCCAGUAAGUCUAUUGUAGACACUGUAUCAGCAGACAAUAAAUAUGAACCUCCUCAGACAAAGUCCUCUCAGCCUAUUGGGAAGCUUUGUCACAAGAGGCGUAGACCUUGCCAUGGUUGGAUUUCUAGUGAUGAUGAAGAGGAGGAUCUAAUAGAACUACCUGCAACAAAUAAGUUGUGAAUAAUGGGGUAAAUUAGUGUAAACAGAGCAGGAUAUUAUUACACUUGAGUAGUCUAAGAGCAGUUUCAACUUAGCUCCAAGGUUUGGAAAGUGACAUUGCUACAUGCCCUUGCUUGUCUAUAAUACGGGCAUGGUGUACUAAUACUAGACUGUUCAUCAGACCAUCGUAUGGUUCAACAACAAUACUUGUCUUCACUAUAUAAAUUUUUUGGUUAAUUAUACAACUUUUCUGGUUUA